CCCACUUUAACCCCCCCUUGCACCGCCCCCUCCAGUGCAAGCUCCCGGGGCACGAGCGGCAAAACCGAAACCGAAAUCCGCCGGCGAGGUGCGCAGCGCGGGACUCCGCACGCCCCAGCGCGGCCCUCGCCAUGGCAUCAGGCUUGAAUGUCAAAGAAUGUGAAGCUUCCGAAAGAGCAGUCAUAGUUGCUGGCCUUCCUGUUGACCUUUUCGGUGACCAGCAGUUGGCCACAUUGGUGAAGAGUUACUUCCAGGAUAAGACUCUGGGUGGAGAGGUUGAAGAGGUGAUAUAUCCAACAAGAACCAAGGGAGUGGCGUAUGUAAUAUUCAAAGAAAAAAAAGUUGCAAAGAAUGUCGUCAGACAAAAGAAAUACCCUCUAGCAAAGAAGGCUGGACACACUCAACUCACAGUCUCUCACCUGAGUGAAAAGGUUUUCAACUCUGUAAAGGCUAUCCUUGAUCUUUCUGUUUUUCAAAGUCAAGUUGUUUUAGAAAGCCUCAUAAUGGACCUGAAAAAGAAAAUCCCAAAUUUAAGCUUCAGUCCUUUGGGACCCAAUGGAACAAUCUCUGUGGAAGGAUCAUUUCUGGCCAUCAAGAGACUUAAUGAGUCGUUGCUAUCAAAAGCAAGUUCUCUGUUAGAAAAAAACAAAAAUUUUAUCAGUGAGGGGAGAAAGUGUAAUGUACAGAGCUCCAAAAACAGUCUGCAUAGAAGUGAUAACUUGGUGGAGACGCUGAGGACCUCGGUACCUGAGACCUCUAGGAGAGGAGAAAUGCUUGUGCUCGACACAGAUGUUUUCCUUUACCUGAAAGCGAAGUGUAAAAUUUAUGAAACCACACUCAGCAAAUUCCAUAUUCUAAGUCAAGAGAGGGUGAAUGGUGAAGUCACCACCAUUUGGCUGAGAAAUGCUCAGGUUGAUUCUCAGCCAGACACAGUACGGGAUGUGAGAAAACUCUUUGAGGAAUGGUCCCAGAGUCUUUCUGUUGAGCUCAGAAAAGAGACUUUUACUUUUGGAGGAAAGAAAAACAGCUAUAGAACAAAUAUUGAACACGCAUGUGAACUGCUGCGUUCAAAAUACCAAAGAGUUCUGAUUAACUUUUAUAGGACACACAUUGACAUUAUAGGAUCAUCUUCUGACACAUACCAAUUUAAAAAUGAGGUUAUGAAAUUAAUAAGCCAAAAGGUUAGUUGAUAAAAUCCCCAGCUAUAGUGAUGAUAGUUGCUUUCUCUCACUGAGUAGUGAUUGUGCCAUGCAUAAUGCUAGCUUGAUGAACACCAUCUCAAUUCAUCCUUGCUGACCGCCUUUCAUUGUGAGUGUGACUACCUUUAUGUUGUAGAAGAAGAAACUAGGAUUUGAAGAAGUUAAAACUCUUGUCCAAAGUUAUUGAGUUGCCAAGGGUUAGGGCUGGGGCUUAACCCAGUCUAACUAACUAUAAAGAUAAUAUCUAAUUUACUAAAAAUUUGAAGACAUCUCAUUCUCUGAACAACUCCAAAUUAUUAGGAAAAGAAGUAGCCUUAACUUCAAUGUAUAAGCACUUUGGGUGAUUAUUAUUAUUAUUGAUAAUUUCAUAACAUUUACAAAGUUUGCAUUUACUCCAUAUAGAAUAAUGAUACUGGGCCUGGGGAUUUAGCUCAGGGGCAUAAGCGCUUGCCUUGUAAGCAGGCAGUCGUGAGUUUGAUCCCCGGUACCGAUAAAAAGGAAAAAGACAAAAAAAAAAAAAAAAAAAAAAAGAUACUGACAAAAAUCACUUGGGAAACUACUCAGUAUUUCUAAUGCAUGUAAUGAUUACUUGGUUAAACUCAUUGCAGGGCUGUUGGGUAUAUGAGGCAUUUUUGUUACUGCUUUUUUUUAGCCUAUGUGCUUACAUAAAAAUGUGAGCUCUUUUUGAUAUAAUUUGAAUGAAAUCUAUAAGAUUGCUAUAACUGAUGCUCCUUCUUUUAUGAUGUUUUAUAAGUUGAAAAUACUGUAAAUUAAUACAUUUAAUAUAGGUGACCUACUGAACACCCUAGCUUAGGAACGUCCACUGUUAAGUAUGGGUUGUUUAUCCUUGUGAUCCAGUGACUGACACAGCUGUGACUGACAGAGCUCUGUGACUCACUGCCGAUGCUUGCCGUCACUAGGAACUAUCAAACAGCACAAUCCUAGCUUGCAUAAGCAUCGGAACACCAAAUUCAAAGUAAAGUUUCUACUGCCUAUGUAUUGCUUUUGCACCAAUAGAAAGUCAAAAAUUCACAAAAAAGUUGCCCAGUGUGGUGGUGCAUGCUUGUCAUCCCAGCACUCAGGAGGCUGAGGCAGGAGGAUUGCUGUGAGUUCGAGGCCAAAGUGGGCUAUAGCAAGAUCUGUUUAAAAAAAUUCAUAGAAAAAUUGAAUUGUAGAUUGAAAGUAGUCAAGCCAAGAACCAUCUGUAUUCUUAACAUGCAUGCAUUUAUUCACAUGCUGUUACUAUAGUAAUGCAAUUAUAAAACAACAACAACCAAAAAGAAAAUCUCACAAUAAUUUAUUUUAAAAUCUGUGCCUCCCUGGAAUUUAGCUUCAUAUUAAAUUGAUUUUAAGUAUUUGAGGCACUCCAGAGCUCUCCCUAACUUAAUAUAUACUAAAAUUCUGAUACCUAUUUGACCUGUCUGCUUACAGAAAAUGUUAGUUCUCCUGCUGUAAUUACGAGGGAUUUUGAAAGAAAUCUUUCUGAAAGUAAACAAAUAUGAUUAUGAUUAUCUGAACUGUUUGUAUCAGUAAAAAAUCACAAGAUAAACCUGUCAGUAUGCUUUCAGUUUUCCAACUCACCUAAAACUAAAAUAUGUAAAUAAUUCUUAUUUCCAUUGCCUUAUAAUGUAUUUCUGACACCAAAAAUAUAAGGAUCAAAAAGCA